AAAGCUGAUUUUGUAAAAUAUUAAAAUAAAAGAAUUUAUUAGUUAUUAAAUAAUUCCUUCAAUGUUUAACUAUUUUGAGUUAUUUAAAUUUCUAAUGGAUAUUGGUUUUCAUUUUACCUAAGCGAACAAUUGUAUUACAAAGUAUGCACAUAAGUUAUAUUCUUAUGAUCAAGCAUUGAACAACAGACAAAUUAUGCUUUUGACAUUUAAUCUACAACUUACAUUGUUUUAACGUACAAUCAAUACUUCUGAGAAAACAUUUAACUCAACUGACUACAGUGUAUUUACAAUCGUAGUUUCAGGCUAUGGCUGCUGAAAGGGAACGUCGUUCAAAUGCUGGUAACAAAUUAGCACGUUUAUUAGACGAAGAAGAAGCAGAUGAUGAAUUUUAUAAGACUACUUACGGUGGUUUCAAUGAAGAUGAAGAAGACAAUGAUUUUCAUUUUGUUGACGAAGAAGCACCAGAUGAAGUUGAUUCAGAUUUCAGUAUCGAUGAAAAUGAUGAAGUGAUAUCAGACAUUGAAGAUGAAGAACUAACUCAAAAAAAAACUAAUAGAUAUCAAGAGCCUAAAGUGCCAAAACCUGUUGAACAAAAAGAAGCUCCAAAAAGAAAACGUUCUAUCACAGAAAAAGUGGUAGCUGAAACGUCAUAUGAACGAAAAUCAAUACGACAAUCAACAGCAGUUAAAUCUCAAGAGACAAUAGAACGUAUUAAAGAGCGUGUCAGUAAAAUCAAACGAAAUAAACCAAUGCCUCCAGAGGAAAUGCCUUCGCAACAAGAAUUGUUAGAAGAAGCAAAGCUUACUGAAGAAGAGAAUUUAAAAUCAUUGGAAAAAUUUGAAAAAUUAGAAUUGGCUAGAAAACAGACAAGAGCUAAACCCCGUGUCACAUACUUGACCUCUGUAAAAUUCCUUAGUAAAGCUUAUCCAUUAUUAGCUGAAGAUGAUACUGUAAACAUCGAAAGUGAAGAACAAAAUGUGAAGUGUGAAAGUCGUGAGUUUAUUGAGCGCACUACCAUCACAGUGAAUGAACCUCAUGAAUUUGAACGAAUGUUCCCCAAGAAAGUAGCCAAACCAAUCAAACCACAUAGACAGUGUGUAUUCACUGAAGAUUAUGCCAGAUACAGAGAUCCUUUAACUGGUCACCCUUAUAAAAAUCAAAAGAUAUUUUCAAUAUUAAGAUCUGUAUACUCAAUGCAUUUAGAUGAAGCCUUUGCUAAGAAAUAAGCUAAAAAAAUUUAACUUAAAAUUUUUCUUAAAAUUAUAUUGACUUAGUAGGUAUUAAUCAAUUGCUUUUUUACUUAAAAGAUAACUUAUUGAUCAUGUAAAUUUAAAAAUAUUUUU